UCCUCGCAAAGCCUCAUAUCUCCGCGCGAGCCUUCGACGAUAGGCCGAGAGGCGCAAAGCACGGUGACAUCGACACGCACACACCCACCCUCACCGACCCCACCAUGCCGCUGGAGCCGAGGAGAGCAGCCUCACCGGGGCGUUUUUAGUUCACCGGAGGCGGUGAAAGGAGGCGAGAGAUGCGGGCGCCUCGUUCAAAGGAGCCCCGCUGUUGUGUUUGUGUCCUCUGUCAACAACAGUCCAACCGCAGCUCCGCGCGCGCCUCCUCUCAGUUCAUGUAACGGCGCUGCACCGAGGACAUCACGAGGACUAUGUGAGCACCAUGCUCGCUGUGAGAUGCCUGCUGUUCGCUGCAGUGUUUGCGCGGGGCUCCGUGACAGGUGUGAGACAGUGGGGGAGUGUGGGUGAGAGGUUCCCUCCUGCAGAAGAGGUCGUUCGGCCAAAACGGCUCCUCCAACAGCUCCACUCCCAGGAAGAGCUGCUCCAGAGCCGCCUGGACACAAGGGUCAAGAACUACACUGCUGCAGCACAUCCCAUCCAUCUGGCCCAGAGCAGCUUCUUGGUGAAGGCCUUCGGUUUAUCCUUCAUCCUCGACCUGGAACUCAACCACGACCUCCUGUCUUCAGAUUAUGUGGAGCGUCACUAUGGUGAGGAUGGGCAGCUGUCACAGAAUACGGGAGGGGAGCACUGUUACUACCAUGGACGGGUGCGGGGAUUGCCUGGGUCCUGGGCUGCUCUGUCCACCUGCCACGGCCUACGAGGCAUGUUUUCUGACGGGAACUUCUCUUAUGGGAUUGAACCAGUUGGCAGUGGCAAGGAGAAUAACGACCACAUUAUUUACCGCAUGCCGGAUGUCAACCUCUUUAAGCCUUCUUGUCCAGGAUGCUCCAUGAACAGCACAGAACCCAAAGGGAAGACAAACAGCCAUAUUGACAAGGACAAUGAGCUUACAGGCGGAGACGACUGGUCUGAAGAGCAGGAGCCAAUCUUCAGAAAAGGCCUGAGACGCUCAAAGAGACAAGUGCGACAAGGUCAACGCACCGUCCAGACUGAGACCAAGUACAUUGAGCUGAUGGUAGUUAACGACCAUGAACUGUUUGUGCAGCUCCGUCGCUCAGUUACUCAGACCAAGAACUUUGCCAAAGCGGUGGUGAAUAUGGCCGAUGCGAUCUAUAAGGAGCAGCUGAACACUCGCAUCGUCCUGGUGGCCAUGGAAACCUGGUAUUCUGAGAACAGGGUCUCUGUGGGCGAUGACGCUUUGCUUACCCUGCGAGACUUCAUGAAGUACAGGAAGGAGAGCAUCAAGGAGCGCUGCGACACCGUUCACCUCUUCUCUGGGAGGACGUUCAUGAGCAGCCGCAGUGAGGCCGCCUAUAUUGGGGGAAUCUGCUCCAUCACCAGAGGUGGAGGCAUCAAUGAGUUUGGCAGUGUGGGUCCGAUGGCCAUCACACUGUGCCAGAGUCUGGGCCAGAACAUCGGCAUGCUGAGAAACAAAGAGCGGUCAGCUGCUGGAGACUGCAGAUGUCCAGACCCAUGGCUGGGCUGUAUCAUGGAGGACACAGGUUACUACCUGCCCAGGAAGUUCUCUCGCUGCAGUAUAGACGAGUACCUGCGUUUCCUUCAACAGGGAGGUGGUAGCUGUCUUUUCAACAAGCCCAGCAAGUUGUUAGAUUCACCAGAAUGUGGGAACGGAUAUGUGGAGACUGGAGAAGAAUGUGAUUGUGGAUCAUUAGUGGAGUGUGCACGCAGCGGAGCCAACUGCUGUAAAAAGUGCACGCUUACCCACAAUGCCAUGUGCAGCAAUGGGCUCUGCUGCAGGGACUGCAAGUACGAGCUGAGAGGGGUGACAUGCCGCAAUGCUGUGAACGACUGUGACAUCCCUGAGACCUGCACUGGAGACUCUAGCCAGUGUCCUCAUAAUGUGCACAAACUGGACGGCUACAUGUGCGAUGCUGGACAGGGCCGCUGUUAUGGAGGUCGGUGCAAGACCAGAGAUGGCCAGUGCAGGACUCUGUGGGGCUACAACUCAGCUGACAGGUUUUGCUAUGAAAAGCUAAACUCUGAGGGCACUGAGAAAGGAAACUGUGGCCCAGACUCCAGAGGUCAGGGAUGGGUGCAGUGCAACAAGCAAGAUGUUCUGUGUGGGUUGCUGCUGUGCACCAACCUGACAGAGAGGCCGAGGUUUGGUGAACUGCAGGGGAAGCUCACCAGUCUGACCAUCCACCACCAGAACAGAUACAUGGACUGCAGGGGCGGUCAUGCUGUGCUGGAUGACGGCUUGGAUCUGGGAUAUGUAGAAGACGGGACGCCGUGUGGGCCAAACAUGAUGUGUUUGGAGCGUCGCUGUCUACCUGUCACCACCUUCAACCUCAGCACCUGUCCCGGCUCCUCCACCUCACGCAUCUGCUCCCACCAUGGGACCUGCAGCAAUGAGGUAAAGUGCAUCUGUGAUCCAGACUACACCGGGAAGGACUGUAGCGUGUUUGACCCCAUCCCCAUCCCCACCCCAUCAGAGGGUCCAGAGAAAUACAGAGAAACAUCCGAAGGGGAAGGUAUGAUCCAGCCUUUCAGUCCUGAUCCUGACUGGAAGGCCCAGUCAGUCUUCAAUAACCAUACUUUAUAUCCCAUAAUGCCAUGUGUUUAUAACAGCUUCUUAAUACUCUGGCUGAGAGACAUUUGUAAACACACACACUUUUAUUUGUUACCUGCUGUGUUACUCUUCUUUAAAACAUUUUUUAUAUAUCUAUUAAUUUAUAAACAGACAAAUGUGUAGAGCAUGAAUCAACACCACAUACCACAGCAAUAAUUCAGCAUAUCCUUUUGGUAUGGCUCCAUAAAGGUGGACUUGAAAAUAUACUAGUCUUUAUAAAAACACCUUCAAAGUUGAUUUUUGCAUGUUCUCAUAAACAAUGUCAGAAAACCUGUUUAUUUUCUAUAAGUUUGCUUUAUCAUUAUUUGUUGUGCAUGCUCCUUCAUUAACUUGGCUACAUUUCUGCACUUUAGCUGCAGUCUCAUAUGGAUAAUAUUCAUUUAAUAAAGCUUCACCAAGAAAUGGUGAACCAAUUCUAA